AUGCGGGAAUACAAGCUGGUUGUGCUUGGCAGUGGUGGAGUUGGGAAGAGUGCCCUCACUGUUCAGUUUGUGCAAGGGAUUUUCGCUGAAAAGUAUGAUCCAACUAUCGAAGACAGCUAUCGGAAGCAGGUUGAAAUUGAUUCCCAACAAUGCAUGCUAGAGAUUCUCGAUACAGCUGGAACUGAGCAAUUCACAGCAAUGAGGGAUCUUUACAUGAAAAAUGGUCAGGGCUUUCUGCUAGUUUACUCCAUCACAUCACAGGCUACAUUCACUGAUCUCAACGAUCUGAGAAAACAAAUCCUUCGUGUCAAAGACGUUGACGAGUUUCCACUAGUUCUGGUUGGAAAUAAAUGUGAUUUGGAAGAUGAAAGAAGUGUGGGUACCGAACAGGGAAGAAACUUGGCAAGUGAGUGGAAGUGUCAUUUCGCAGAGACUAGUGCCAAGACUAAAUCUAAUGUAAAUGAGAUAUUUCACGAUCUUGUUCGUCAAAUUAAUGCGAAGACACCCAAUCCUGCAUCGAAGUCGUCGAAGAAAUCAAAAUGCUGUUGUCUGUGA